AUGUGGCUGGGAGUUUCAGGUGGGGCCAGUGGCUUAGCUAAAUGUAAGCUAGCACUGUGCCGAUCUAUGGCGACCAUACUUCGUUCGAUGUCGACGCGGACGCUGUUCGCUUUUCUUAUCAACACAUGGCUGGUGGUUACUCUGUGCGUUGGACGCGUGGACGCGAGGGCAGCUCAUCUCCUCCACCAUCACAGACAUCGUACGGCUGGUAACGCGCAAUCACAGGGGGACCCCCUAGUGGUCCACACGACUAAAGGUCCGGUCCGAGGAAUAACGCUUCAGGCAUCGAAUGGGAAACUUGUCGACGCCUUCCUCGGAAUUCCGUAUGCUAAACCCCCAGUGGGUAAAAUGCGUUUCCGACAUCCUGUGCCUAUGGACCCGUGGGAGAAGCCACUCAACGUGACAGAACCUCCCGCGACAUGCGUCCAAGUUGUCGACACAUAUUUCGACGACUUCGAGGGUUCAACAAUGUGGAAUGCCAACACAAAUAUGAGCGAAGACUGCUUAAACAUGCUCGUCUGGGUACCGCGACCGCGGCCGACGAACGCCGCCGUCCUGCUGUGGGUCUACGGAGGCAGCUUCUACUCGGGCUGUGCCACACUGGAUGUUUACGAUGGGAAAAUUCUCGCCAGUGAAGAAAACGUAAUCGUUGUAUCAUUCAACUAUCGGGUUGGCUCUCUAGGCUUCCUCUACCUCGAUCACGCAGACGCUCCGGGCAAUGCAGGCAUGAUGGACCAAGUUAUGGCUCUACGAUGGGUCCAGGACAAUAUACACUUGUUCGGAGGUAACCCGAACAACGUGACUUUGUUCGGGGAAAGCGCAGGUGCCGUCAGCGUUGCCUACCACCUCCUCUCGCCUCUUUCGAGAGACCUAUUUUCUCAAGCCGUACUCCAAUCUGGGGGUGCAACUGUUCCCUGGGGGUACAACGAGCGUCAAACUGCCAUAACGAAUGGCUACAAGCUUGCGGAGGAAGUCAAGUGUCCCACAGACGACGUGGAAGCCACCAUAAAGUGCCUUUCGACUUCAGGACCCCGACUACUUGUAAAGUCGGAGAUCUUCGCCACCGGGGUCGUGGACUUUUCAUUCAUUCCCGUGGUUGACGGCGCGUUUCUCACAGAGCGACCAGAGGAUUCAAUGAGCUCAGGAAACUUCAAAAAGUGCAAAAUACUUCUCGGAUCAAAUCGCGACGAAGGAACUUAUUUCAUAAUCUACUAUCUCACUCAACUUUUCAAACGAGACGAAAACGUUUAUCUCACGAGAGAGGACUUCGUCGACGCCGUCCAGGCUCUCAGUCCCUUUACCUCUUCGGUGGUGAACGAAGCCAUCAUUUUUGAGUACACGGACUGGUUGAACCCUGACGAUCCGAUCAAAAAUCGAGAUGCCGUCGAUAAAAUUGUUGGCGAUUAUUACUUCACAUGCCCAGUAAUCGAUAUGGCGCACUAUUAUUCAUCAGCCGGACUCGAUGUCUACAUGUACUACUACGUGUACCGCUCAUCUCAGAAUAAAUGGCCGGAGUGGAUGGGAGUGAUCCACGCCGACGAGAUUGCUUACGUCUUCGGCGAGCCGCUCAACCAGACAUGGUCUUACCGCCAAGACGAACAGAUGUUUAGUCGCCGCAUAAUGCGGUACUGGGCCAAUUUCGCGCGAAUGGGGAACCCGAGCCUGAACCCCGACGGAAAUUGGGAGAAAACGUAUUGGCCAGCGCACACAGCGUUCGGUAAAGAGUUCCUCAUCCUCGACGUCAACUCCACGCAAGUUGGAUAUGGGAACCGGGCGAAACAUUGCGCGUUUUGGAAGAACUUCCUUCCUAACCUCAUUGCGCUAUCGGGCAACAACACAAACAAAGCAGAUGAAAGCUGUAAGGACGGAGCGAGUACGCAGAGCUCGUCCUCUUUGACACUUCUAUGUUCUCUGGCCGCGAGCAUGAUUGUUACGGGUCGUCUUCUGUCUUCAUCAACGGCAAGAGCGGCAUAGCUCCAGUUUCAGACAACAGGGUCUACAGUCUAGCGAUGACGUCAUCGGAUGCAGCAGCAAC